AUGGGCAACAUACUCUCUACGUUCUCUAGUGCCGCUGCUCUCGCCAAGGAAGAAAGAGAAGCCAUAGAAAAGAAGAUUGCAGAGAGAGACGAGAACAUUACCACUCUUGAGAAGGACUUGGCUACGAAGGAAAGCGAACUGUCGGAGGCGAAGGAAGAACUCAACAAGGCCACCGAGGAGACAGAGACCCUGCGCAAAAAGAUCGACGAAUUGGAAGCGCAGUCCUCAUCACUGAAGCAGGAAAACCAGGAACAGGCUGAUAAGCUUCAAAAUGAGCUAAAGCAGACUUCUGACGACUCCGCCUCAGUGCGUCGCACUCUCGAAGAGUCUGCCUCUGCCAAAGCCCAGGAGCUCGAGGAAAAACGUGCCGAACUAGCACAGAAACGAGACGAGGUGAACGCCUUACAACAGGAGAAGAACUUACUAAGCGAGGAGCUAUCAGCCGUUAAGCGGGAAUUAGCCGAUGCUAUCGAGCAGCGCAAUUCUCUCGAAGCCUCUCUCAAGGAAGAAUUGGCCAGCGUGAAAGAGGAAUUGAUUGCCUCAAGCAAGAAACACGAGGCCCUGCAGAGCGAUCACAGCAAGCUCACCGAAGAGCUCUCAUCUGUAAAGACUCGCCGAGAUGAACUAGAGCAGAGUCUUACAAAAUCGUUAGACGAGCUCAAGGCCCUCGAGCAAACUCACGAUCAACUCAAGAAAGAAUCUGACGAUGAGAUUGCCUUGGCAAAGAAAACCCUGGCCGAAACGCAGCAGAAGCAUGAGGACUUGCACCAAGCCCAUGGCCAGUUGCAGACAGAAUCCGGUGAGAAGGCUGCUGAGGCGGAGAGGAAUGUGGCUGAAUGGAAGCAAAAGCAUGAGUCCUUGCAGGAGGAAUACGAUAAUCUUACUAAGGAAGUAGAAGAUGCCAAGAAGAGCUUGACCGAAGCCGAAGAGAAGAGGCAGUCGCUUGAGCAAUCCCACGAAGCUGAAUUGGAGCGACUGCGUACCGAUGCGGAGAAGCUGCAACAAAACAUUGCUGCUCUAGAAGAGAGCCAGAACAAGCUGAAGGCAGAUCAUACGGCGGAGCUCGAGAAUGCGCAGAAAGAGGCAAGCGAAUUAGAGAGCAAAUUAAAAUCGACUCAGGAGGAGGCCGAGACACUACAAAAGCAGCUUGAGACCCAGGCGGCCGAGCUUGAGAAGGCAAAGCAAGAAGCUGUGGAGUUACAAGACAGGAUCACAGCUACCGAGGGUGAAUGCGAGAAGUUGCAAGCACAAUAUAACGAGCAAUCUGCUACACUUGAAAAGCAAAAUCAAGAAGCAACUGAGUUGCAAGACAAGAUUAAGGCCACCGAGGAUGAACGCGAGAAGUUGCAAGCGCAACACGACGAACAGGCUGCCACGCUCGAAAAGCAAAAGCAAGAAGCAGUCGAGUUGCAGGAAAAGUUGGAAUCCGUCCAGAAUGAACGAGAGCAUUUGCAGAAGCAGCAUGAUGAACAAGCGGAAGAAAUCACUAGCCUGAAAGCUAAGGUCGAGGAGAGCAAUGCUAAUGCCGAGGAGGCUAAUGCCAAGGCUGCCAAGAUUGAAGAAGACCUUAAGGAAGCUCAAUCUGAGAAGACUGCUCUCGAGACGAAGAUUAGCGAGCUCCAAUCCGAAAAGCAGGAAGAUGAGAAAACUCAGUCCGAUCUGAACGCCAAGCUCGAAGACGCUCAAGCUGAUGUUGCUCGCUUGGAAUCCGAGAAGAAGGAAGCCACAGAAAAGGUUGAGAGUCUUGAGGAGCAAGUUAAACAGUUGAAGGCGGCUGUGGCACCUAAGGUGAACGGCACCGCUACUGAGAAUGGAACUACCGAGAAUGGCACUACCGAGAACGGUAUCGCCGAGAGCAAAGAGCCGGAGAAAGUUGCAGCUUAG